CGCAGCGCGGCGCGCGCCGCGCCACUUGUCUGCGCGCACGUGUAUACGUCAGUGUGCGUAUGGGAAAUUUUGCGGUUUUUUAAUAAAACACACAACACACAAUGGUGGUCUCGCAGGAGGUGCUUUCGAGGGCGGAGGAAAUCGCCGACCAGGUAAUUCGCAAUGGAAAACACGUGCUUCCAACGUUAGCGCGAUUGUGUCUCAUUGCUACCUUCCUAGAAGAUGGCUUGCGAAUGUGGUUUCAAUGGACCGAGCAACGAGAGUAUAUGGACGCAUCAUGGGGUUGCGGAAAAUUUCUAGCCACUGUCUUCGUCCUCGUAAAUCUUAUUGGACAACUCGGUGGAUGUGUUAUGGUGAUUAGUAGAUGGCGAGUCAGCAUAGCCUGCAGCGUUUUGUUCUUCAUUGUGAUUCUACAGACUAUUGCGUACAGCAUUCUAUGGGACAUGCAAUUCCUAUUCAGGAAUCUAGCGCUAAUAGGAGCACUUCUACUGGUGCUGGCAGAGUCGCGAGUUGAGGGUAGAUCGCUCUUUGCUGGUGUGCCUAGUCUUGGUGAUAACAAACCUAAGAAUUUACUGCAAUUGGCUGGCCGAAUUCUGUUGGCAUUCAUGUUCAUUACGCUGAUUCGCUUCGAGAUUUCUUUUCUACAAAUCCUCCAAGACAUUGUCGGCAGCAUCUUCAUGGUAUUGGUAACAAUUGGCUACAAAACUAAGCUGAGCGCAUUACUACUUGUCGUCCUAUUGACUGCAUUGAACUUCUAUCAUAAUGCAUGGUGGACCAUUCCUGACUAUAAGCCGCUCAGGGAUUUCCUCAAAUAUGAUUUCUUCCAGACACUUUCAGUCAUCGGAGGUCUUCUGAUGAUAGUCUCUCUAGGUCCAGGCGGAGUAUCGAUGGAUGAACAUAAAAAAGAAUGGUAGAAACAAUCCUAUUUAUGGAUGUGGUGGAUACAUCAUCAGGUUGUUAUCACAAAAGUUAAAACGAAUUACUGUCUCCCAUUCCUGUCCCUUUGUACGCUCAAAGAAAUCUUAAACCAUUGUGUGUUAAACGACAAGAAAUUCAGUAUGUCGAUAUCACCGGCCCAAUGCAAUCAUUCUAUGUGACUAAUCGGUUAAUCGAGAUUCGUAUUUUAACACUAUGACGAAAA